GCCUCUUAAGAGCUGCAGAUAUCAAAAGCUAUAGCUAGAUAUAGAGAGAAAGAUGGGUUCUUCAUCUAGUUACAAGCCAUUAAUGGUGAUGAUCACCUUGCAGUGUGCUUAUUCUGGGCUUGUUCUCUUCACAAAAGCAGCUUUUACAGGUGGAUUGAGCCCCAGGGUACUUGUUGUUUACAGACAAGCUGUGGCCACUCUGAUCAUGGUCCCUAUUGCUUGCUUCUCAAGAAGAGGAGGAAGAAGGAGCAUUAAUCCAGGUAGUGGUGGGGUGGUUUCAUUGACAUUGGAGAGCUUCUCUUGGAUAUUUGCUGCCGCAUUUUUCGGAGUGACGUUGAACCAGAACGCAUAUUUCGAAGGGAUCAACUUGUCCAAUUCCACCGUUGCAAGUGCGAUGACGGAUCUCAUCCCAGCAAUCACUUUUCUACUAGCAGCAAUUUUGAGGAUGGAGAUUAUUAACAUGAGAAGCUUGAGGAGUGGUGCCAAGAUUUUGGGGACUUUCAUAUGUGUUUGUGGAGCCAUGGCCAUGGCUUUCCUCAAGGGACCUAAGCUCUUGAAUGACUCUCCAUUUGUGGCUUCUUCGGAUGAUAAGGAUUGGUUGAUGGGAUGCCUUCUUCUAUUUGCAGCCAGCUUCUUUUGGUCUUUGUGGAUAAUUUUUCAGGUUCCAAUUGCAGCAACAUGUCCCGACCUCAUGUAUUCGUCGACCUGGUUGUGUUUCCUAGCUACAUUGCAAUCAGCAAUAGUAGCUUUAUUUCUGGAGAAGGAUGUGUCAGCCUGGAAACUCGAUUCCACAUUCGAAUUGAGUUGCUGCCUUUAUAGUGGAGCCGUCCUGACAAUGUCAUUCGUGGGUCAAGCCUGGUGUGUCUCAGAGAGAGGCCCAAUCUUCACAGCCAUUUUCAACCCUCUUUGCACAGUCAUCACAGCCAUCUUUGCUGCCAUUUUCCUCCACGAGAAAGCCUACAUUGGAGAGUUGAUGGGAGCUGUGGCAGUGAUCAUGGGUUUGUACAUGGUGCUAUGGGGAAAAGCCAAAGAUUUGAGGAAGGCAGAGAGUGAGAAGGAGGAGAAGGAGAAAGAAUCCAUAGGGCUUGUUCUCUUCACGAAAGCAGCUUUCACCGGUGGAAUGAGCCCCAGAGUACUUGUUGUUUACAGACAAGCCGUGGCCACCUUGAUCAUGGUCCCUGUGGCUUGCUUCUCAAGAAGAAGAAGGGUGACGUUGAAUCAGAAUGCGUAUUUCGAAGGGAUCAAUUUGUCUAAUUCCACUGUCGCAAGUGCAAUGACCGAUCUCAUCCCAGCAAUCACUUUCGCCCUAGCAGCAAUUUUGAGGAUGGAGAUGGUUAACAUAAGAAGCUUGAGAAGUGGUGUCAAAUUUUUGGGGACUUUCGUCUGUGUUGGUGGAGCAAUGGCCAUGGCUUUCCUCAAGGGACCUAAGCUCUUGAAUGACUCUUUCAUGGCUUCAUCGGACAAUAAGGACUGGUUUUUGGGAUGCCUUCUUCUGUUUGCAGCUAGCUUUUGCUGGUCUUUGUGGAUAAUUUUUCAGAGAGGCCCAAUCUUCACAGCCAUUUCCAACCCUCUUUGCACAGUCACCACAGCCAUCUUUGCUGCCACUUUCCUCCACGAGAAAGUCUACACUGGAGAGCUGAUGGGAGCUGUAGCAGUGAUAAUGGGCCUGUACAUGGUGCUAUGGGGAAAAGCCAAGGAUUUGGGAGAGAGUGAGAAGAAGAAGGAGAAGGACUCCAUAGGUGAUUUGGAAGAACCAUUUGUUACCAAUUCAAAUCAACCCUAAAAUUCAAGCUUGUAGCCAUUGUAACUAACUUAAGGCAAACUAAGAAUGAGAGCUGGUUUUUGGGGGAAUGAUGCAUUGUUGUUAUGUCAUUGCUUUUUUUUUUUUCCAUGGCAAGAUUAUCCUUACCCAAAAUUAAGUCUUUCCAUGAGUAGUGAAUAAUAUGAUUAGAAAUAUAAGAGGAUAAUCUAAAAUGCAAAUGGUUGAUUAGCUCAGUUGGUUAGAGCAUGAUGUUAAUAAUGACAAGGU